ACUACGUUGCCGCUGCCGUCACCAUGGCUGCAGAGGACGCGAAGUGGUAAUUGUGGGGGGCUGCUUUCAUUCAUUUGCUCAGAAAUGGCAAAAAUGUAUCAUAAAGAGAAGAGCAUCCAGAUAAAGAGCAGUGCGUCUGCUCUCUACAACAACCUCAGUGUCCUGCGCAUUGCCCCCCGCUGCCUCACCUAUUUCACUGUGGUCCAUGCCAACGUGGUCAACAUGGUCAGCGCUUCCUGGGAUGGACUGAAUUAUUCACAUCGACAGCUGCAGUCCAAAGAGGGCAAUGUGGCCACCAGCUCCUCACUCAUUAUGCAGGCAGCCUGGUGUGUCCUACCAUCCAGAGACCUUCUUGUCCUCACAUCUCAAAAAGGGAUUCAGAUGUACGAAUCUGAUGGCUCCAUUAUGGUGUAUUGGCACGCACUGGAAACUCCAGAGACUCCCACAGCUCAAGCAGUGUUUGCUCGGGGGAUCGCUGCAGUGAGAGAAAAAUACAUCUGUGUAGGGGUCUCAUCUGGUUCAGUGCUGGUAUUUGAUGUUCCCAGUAAAGGAAGCAACAUUACACUUUCUGAAGUCCUAGAGGAACACACAGAAGCUAUCACAGACAUGGCGUCAGAGUGCUCAGGCAGUAUGGAAUGUAUAGCUGAUUUGGUGAGUGCUGAUGACUCAGGUCUUCUCUGUGUGUGGAAAUCUGGAGGUGAUUUCCAGCUUCUCAACAAGAUCCCUGGAUUUGACACUAGCUGCUCCUCUUUGAAGCUAUGGAAAGGCACUGUGAUAGCCGGUUAUGGAACAGGACAGAUUCGCCUGUACGAGGGAGUCACUGGGAUCCUGCAUGCUGAGGUCAAUGCCCACGCCCGCUGGAUCUACUCACUGGACAUCGCUCCUUUCACUGGUCUGCUGCUGUCUGCUGCUGAGGACUCUCUAGUUCGAGUAUGGCAUUUAACGAUCACCCCAGAAACCAACAGUGUAGAGAUUGAGCACCUAUAUAAUGAAUGUGUGACGGACACUCAGAUUUGUGGAGCCAAGUUCUGCGACGGUGACGGCUACGCAUUCGCAGUCACGGGCUACGACUUGAGCGAGAUCAUCCGCUACACACAGGCUUAGAGAGUGCUCCCUGUGAUUUCCUGAGGACUGUUUACUGUAAGACACAGGCCUGACUGUGUGUUAUGGUAGAGGUUGUUUGUGUGUGAUUUGGUUUGCAGUAUAGGUGCAGGGAGCAAGACUGUCAGUAGUACGUUGUGUUCUGUGUACUGUAGUCGAAGCUGAACUCUGGGUCCAAAGAGGCAUGUGAAAGUCAUCGUCAUGUUUCUACAGCCAUUCGUUGGUCUAAUUUAAUCACAGUGGUGAAAGUGGAGCCUCGGUUUAAAGGAAUAAUCUUGCAAGAAGUCUAAUUUGCAGAGGCUUUCCUUUUAUUCAGUUGCAGUCAAUUAGCUAAGACGUGUUUGGUAUCUUGACGUUUGUGUCUUUUCUGGAGAUGUGAGGCUAAUUUAGCUAACAAAUAAUGGAAGAUUAUAUUGACCAGGUGGAAUAGUGUAAAUGGCAUGCCUGAAUUCUCUGAAACUGAGCUGUGUAAAUUUGAUUUUUCGCAAAACAAAAUUCUUCUAAAGAUGACCCGAGCCUGAGAUAAGAAUGUUUCUGUGGUCGGUUCUCUUCUAAAGAGGUUGCAGCUGAAAAUACAGAGUGGAUAUUUUGAAACACUAUAGAAGAGAGGCAACAAAAGACUGAUGAUAUGACUGUGAUAAUAGCAUAUGUGUUCAAAUAGACAUUUAAAUAAAAAACUUUAAGUAGAAAUUACUUUGUUUCAUACAGUACUGUGCAGAAUUCACAGACCACAUUUUCACUGAUUUACUUUCCAGUCAAAAAUGGCCCUUAAGUACAAAUUAUUUACUUUUAGCUUAAUUUACACAGCAAAAUAAUGAGUAUUACACAGAAGCCCACAACAGUAUAACAUCAGUAUAACAUAAGUAUAACAUCAAAUCUAUCAUUGUUUAGUUUGUCCACUCUUUAGUGCACACUACUGCCAAAGCAACUAGCCAAACUCGGCCGCUUUGCAAUAGUCUCUCCCAAGUUCAUCUACAAAGGCUAAAGAAAAUAUUUCUGAGGAAAGUAGGUAUAAUCCACUUGCUUAAGGAAGCGGAAAAGCAAAAGAAAAUGUGAAAAAAACAGAAGUUUCCAAAACUGGAGUUAAAAAGUGAAUAAAUUAUAUGAUCUAUAUAAAUUAUGUAGAUUAUAAAGAUAAGGUAGGGUAAGAUCAAGCUCCACUUUGCUUCAGAUCUGUAAAAAUCCACAGCCUUUCUGUCCAUCCUUCCACUGUAAGAAGACAACUCAAUGCUAAGCUGUUGCUGAGAGAAAAAAGAAAAUUUGCUUUAGAACACCAAAACUGGACAUCUGAUAUGUGGAGAAAGAUUUUAUGGAUUGAUGAGCAAAAAAUGCAACCAACUUCUAAGACUAAACUUUGGAGAUGUGGAAAAAUCUGCCUGUAGAUUUAUUAGAAAAACUGAAAGUAAGUUUUAAAGAAAAGAAUGGAAGCUGUGUUAAAGGUAAAAGGUGGGCACACUAAAUACUUAAAAAUGCUGUUAUGUUUAGUUGAGGAGCCUUCAGUGUAAUUUUCAGAUAUAUAUACGUGUGUGUGUAUGUGUGUAUGUGUGUGUGUGUGUGUGUGUGUGUGUGUGUGUGUGUGUGUGUGUGUGUGUACCUACCUUUUUCCUGAUGGUAAAAGAUGUAUCUUAUACUUAAUGGCUGGCUGUUUUGACUGGAAAUCAAAUAAAUGAGGGGCAGUUUCUUUUUGCACAGUACUACAGUUGCGUAUGUAUUCUUGUAUACUUCUAUACUAGGGGUUACAUUAGGUCCAUGCUGAGUGACCUCUUUACAAUAGACAUUAUCUAUAUCUUCAUAUCAGUUUACGUGGCUAAAGUCAACUGUAUCAACAUAGUUUGAAUGUAUUUAAUAUGAAUGUUAUUGUGUUAAUGAGUGAGAUAGACUAUUUUUCCUUAAAGAGUUUUGAUGUCUUACAUUAUGCACUUCUGGUGCAGGACUUGUUGUCAUAAAAUGAUAGUAUUAUAUUUUUCUCGAUUAUGAACACUAGUCAAUAAACGUUCAUGCUGCAGUUUAUCACAGUUUUUGUAGCAAUUCCAUAGAUCCACCAGUAGAUGGAGCUAUAAAUUUAAUACUGGAAGCUCAACCCAUCUGGAAAAAAAAGGCAUAUGAAAGGUAUGAUUUUUCAAAAUGCCAAUGAACUGUUACAGUGAAUGAUAGUAAUUUUGUAUGAAUCACUAUAGGUUUGAUGUCCAGCGCAUAAAUCCUUGGGAAUUAUGGGAAGCGUGUCAACUUGUGACUGAACCAACUGUUCUUACAGUAAGCAGAGUGUAUAAUCUAAGGGAAAGACCAGGGGUUAUGGUUACACUUGGGAACUGACCCAUUUAAACAAGUUCUUGUUUUCUUUUUCUAACAGGAGUGUAUACAACACAUAAUGCAUGGCCAUGCGAUAGUGUGUUGAUUAGGUAAGCUGUAUGACAUCACUGUUGAUAGAACACAUGUAAACUUCUGCUGAAGCUUUUGUCACACGGUCUGUCUAUAUGGCUUUACUAAUGUUAGGUUGGCUACUGCCUAUUAUAUUAGUAAUCAAGUAAGCUAACAAAUAUUUUAACAGUUGAUUUAAAAUAGAUUUUUAUUCAGUUAUUCAAGAGGUUUGUGUUUUAAAGGCCAAGGACUUCAAAAUGGACUUCCCUGAACAGAAAAAGAGAGCACCUUUCAUUUAUUUAACUUCCAGUCAAAAUAGCCUUUUAAGUACAGGUUCCUCAUUCUUAUUCAUCUUAUUACUGAGGAGAUUACAUACAAGAUAUUUCACUUGCAUAACGAAGGAGAAAGUCAAAUGCAAAUUUCCAAAACUUCUGUCAAAAAUGAUUAAAAGAUGUAGAGAAAUUGGGACACAGAAUAACCAUGCAAUUCCUGUUAACCAUCAAAACAACCACCAUCAGAUAAACAGUCCUUAAAGCUUUCAUCUUUGAGAGAGAGGAAACAAUCAAGCUCCACUCCUGUAUCAGAUCUGAAAAAAUGCAUGGCUGUUUCUGUCCAUCCUUCCACUGUGAGAACUAUGUGUGCGAAAGGAUACUUAACUGACAGGAAGCUGUUACUGAAGAGGAAACGGACAAAAAAAGAAAAGAAGAAAAUGUGCAGAUCAAACAAAACCGGUGCGCUUUAAAACAGCCGCCACCCUACAUCACUGAAUGUGUUUGGGAUUAAUUUGAUUGUGAGAAUUGGAAAAUGCAACCAACUUCUAAGACUGAACUUUGGAGGUGAGGAAAAAUAUCCCUGCAGAUUCUCCCGAAAAGGACUGAAGCUGUGUUAAAUGCAAAUGAGGAACAUGCUAAAUACAAAAAAAAAAGUGUACAAUUUUGUUUACCAUAAUUUUAUACAGUACUAUGCAAAUGUUUUAGGCCACUGAGAAGUUUUCAUUUAAAAAAAGUUAUUUACCUUGGCAGUUUACAUAGAAAAUGCUAAAAAUAGAAUAAAUAUAAAUGACGUUAAUACAUUAAGUAGUUAUUUUAUACAUGCCAAUUUGUUUGCUUGUCAGUUUUCAAACCACUCCUCCAGCAACUCAAGCUAUGUUUGUUGAUACUGCCCAUUAUCUGAUUUGGCUAAUCAAGCCUUCAUUAUGUUAAAAGUGUUCUGGUGACGGAAUUUUAUAAAUCUGUUUGAUGGCUGGAGGCUUGGAGGAGACAGCUGGAACCAGACUUUGUUACUCAACCACUUUUUUGAAAACAAGAAAUUCUUGCCUUUUUUCUGCUGCUUUUUAUGUUAUUUGCAUUUAUUGUAAUGUACACACACUAAUUGCAAAGGGCAAAUGGUUUGAAAUAAUGUGCUUAGGUGGCUAAGACUUUUGUACAGUACUGUAUAUUUUCUGCUUUUUUUGUACUGAUAUAACUGGAUAACUUCUACUUCAAGGCUGUUUUGGCUGGAAAUGAAAUAAAACAUGAGUGGUCUCUGAUAAUUUCACAGUAACCACAGUAACCACAAUGCUUUACUUUGUUCUUUGUUAAAAUUGCAUAAUCAAGUGUAAUCAAUUAAUGAUGAGAGUCUUAAUUCAUACUUUUCUAUCUUGCUUUGAUGAUUUGUCAUCAUUAUAUCACUGACCUGCAUAAGUCUCCCCUGGCUUAGUUUUUAGCUGCGUCUUCCCAAAGUGCUAUAACCUUAAAUAACCUUUUUUGAUAUGAUGUGUGUGUUGACAACAUAUGUUCUAUUUUGUUCCAAAAUUCUGGAGGCUUUGUUUUGCCACAAAUAUCUCCGUAGGUCACCACCUUUCUUGUCCAGUUCACUCAGAAUCUGAUUGGAAACGGUGAACGUUGAUGUUUAAAACACGCUGUAAGACUUACGUAAGAAUGGCUAACUCUGCCCAGUGCAGUCUGACACUGGGGCUGCGUGUGAAAGAGACCGGACACCAGGGACACGGAGCAGCUUAUCUGAAUGGGGGGCUUUGGAACUGAUGUUAGCGGUGUACAGAGGAGAGUGAGGGGAAGCAAGUGAGAAGUCUGAUGGCUGCUGCUUUAAUGGAGUUACGUAACAUAGUGGAGAGGUGAAAGAGAGGGGGAGAGCGAGCGGGAUGCUUUUAAAAUCAUGCUUCUCAUUGGGUGGUAAUAAACUCCAUAGCUGUGGA